CAAAGGCUCUUUCUGGCUUCACUGGCUUGGUUGAUCCAGCUAUCAACAUGGUCUUCCUCAGCAGUCCUUGUUAUGUUCUCUUGUGCUUUGUCAUUGGUGUGGUGGAUGCAUAUAGCCCUUGGGAUUAUUCAAGGGAUGACACGGCUUGGAGAUUUGCACCCAGAACGAUUCCCUCAGAUAGCCAGGUCUAUGAGCAUUCCUCAUCUCUGCUUUCUUCCUGGGCUUUUGUGGAUGUCUCUCAGCCUCGGUCUUUGUCAGGCUUGAACCCUGUUCACGCACAGUGUGGGGAGGCUCAGGUGGUGGUGACCGUCAAGAGGGACCUCUUUGGCACUGGAAGACUUAUCCAAGUGGCUGACCUGACCUUGGGCUCUCCAGGCUGCCAACCUACCUCUUACGAGGCUGCAGAAGAAACUGUGAUUUUUGCCGUUGGUCUCCAUGAAUGUGGCAGCACCUUACAGAUGACUCCCGAUUCGUUGGUCUACAGCGUAACCCUGUAUUACCGUCCCAGUCUUGGCAGCCACCCCGUUAUUGUCAGGACCAGCCCAGCUGAAGUUCCAAUCGAAUGCCACUAUCCGAGGAAAGACAACGUGAGCAGCAAAGCCAUCAGGCCCACGUGGAUUCCAUUCAGCUCCACCAUUUCCUCACAACAGAGGCUGGCCUUCUCUCUGCGCUUGAUGAACGAGGACUGGAGCACUGAAAGCACCUCUAACAGAUAUCAGCUGGGGGAGGCCAUGCACAUCCAGGCUGAUGUGAAGGCUGAGAACCAUGUGGAACUGCGGCUCUUCGUUGACAACUGUGUGGCCACCUUGAGUCCAGAUGGAACCUCUUCUCCUAGAUAUGUGGUUGUCGAUCACCACGGAUGCCUUAUGGAUGGACGAUCGGAUGAUUCCAGCUCGGCCUUUGUAUCUCCAAGAUCCAGACCAGAUUCUCUCCAGUUUACUGUUGAUGCCUUCAGGUUUGCAGGAGACAUUGGAGACAUGAUCUACAUUACCUGCCACUUGAAAGUCACAGCUGCCGAUCAACCUCUGGAUCCUCUGAACAAGGCUUGUUCUUUCAGUAAGGCAGGGAGCAGUUGGGCUCCAGUGGAAGGUUCUGUUGACAUCUGUAGCUGUUGUGAGGCUGGAAACUGUGAGUCACCUGGAAGACCUGAUGCUUUUGGGAGAGGAUCAAGAGGACGAUUCCAGAGAGAGGCCGCCUCUUCACGUGAUGGCCCUUCAGGAGAAGAAGCGGAGGCUGACGUUUCAAUAGGACCUGUCAUUCUAAGUGUCCAAAAGACUUCAGUGCAUCAACCUCAAGAUGAAAGAAGAAUGGGGCAAAGUAAGUUUGGUUGGAAGAGCAGCUGCUGUCCAGCAUAGUAAAGCUAGAGGAAUGGUUCUCAACCUUGCCAGGUGUUC